UGUUCGCGCGAAUCUGUACGUACGUGUGUACAAGGCUUAAGAAUAAAGCAGGACCUCCUAAAUAUCUCCUCAGUAUUUAGGAGGUCCUGAAUAAAGUGACUAUCGGAGCAUCUUGGCUUCUCUAUCAAAUGCAAGUUUCUAUGAUAGUUUCCUGAAUUUUGCAUCAAAAAUAAUUAUUUUGGUAGUAAACGUAAAGUAACCAACUUGCAAUGUUAAUCAAUUAAAAAUGACAUUUUUCCUAGUUUUAGUAAAUUUUUAAGGACAGAAUUAAUUUAUUAUUGUGUUUAAAUUGUAUUUUUACCAUUUGAGCUUUUAAAAUUUGAUGUAUUAUCAAAUCUUUUUGUAUGAAUUCGAACCGGUAGUGAUUGGGGCGGAUUAGGUUAGAAUGUUUGUGUAGCCUUCUUACCUUUUCUUAUGGAAUAUUAUAUUUUAUUAUUAAAAAAAAUUCUUAUAAUUGUGAGACUGUAAAUAUUGCUUAAAAUGAUAAAGCAUUUUGUUAUUUUUAUUAUAUGCGUUGAGUUGGCUGUUUGUAUAUUCCAAGAGGAUCAGUACCAUGAAGAACUUUUAUUGAAACCACUUCCCAGCGGUCACGUUUAUUCAUAUUUCCAGUUUACUACAGUUUGGAAUACCGAUUACAAUCAACAUAAAUUUGACCAUUGUCAUUUAUUUCCUCGAUCACUGGGAGAAGUAGUUGGAAGAUUCAAUAUUCAAGAGCUGCAUAUCAGUCUAACUGAAGGACUCUGGAGACAUGAAUCAUGGGGAUAUCCAGUCAACGAUGCCCCUCCGGGAGCUGAAGUAUGGGCAUGGUUCCGAAAAGACUGUGAUGAUGUUGAUAAAAAAUGGAAAGAGCUGACAGCAGCUCUAUCAGGAUUACUCUGUGCGUCAUUGAAUUUCAUCGAUUCUUCGAACAGUAUCAGUCCCGAAUUGAGUUUCCGUCUUUCUGGCACUGACGAUCUGUUGAAUCCAUUGAAUCAUACUCAUUUACGCUAUGCCACGUUGCCAAGAGAAAUUGUAUGUACAGAGAAUUUGACACCAUGGAAGAAGUUGCUGCCUUGUGACUCCAAGAAAGGAUUAGCCACGCUUUUGAACGCAGGACAUAUACACAACACGAAUUAUCACUCUCUUGGCAUUCAUUUGCGGCAGAUAUGUAAACCUGAUUCCAACUGUGAUGAGCCUAUUAUCGAAUUGAAACAGACUGUAUCGUUAGUAUACGACCUCGUUAUUCUGGAAGGAUCGACUCAAGACUGGUCUGUGAGAAAGUUGUUUGGAAUCGGCCUGGGUGGAUCUUGUCCUUUAGCUGAAAGUAGUCUGGUUUAUCUAGAUGUCACCUCGAAUCAAACUGGUUCUCCGUUCCUUCUCACACCUGAUCCUCAUGAACGUGUCAUAAGUUCACGUGGAGGGUACACGAGCCAGUUUGCUGUGUUCGAUAUAAAGAAAAUGGGAGAGAAACUGUUCAACAUAGCAAUAACCCAUGAGAAACCUCGAAUUUAUAACUUGAAUGUGCCGCCUGUGAUUUAUGCCAACAGAUAUAUCGUGGGCUACGGACAAGAACAAGGUGGUAUAGUUACAAAAAUUCAUAACACUCAUUGGGCUCCAAUAACUGUUAUCUUCCUUGAGAACAUUCCAUGGUUUGUUCCUAUAUAUUUUCACACGCUAAAAAUUCGUAGCAAUGGAAAGGAAAUAAAACCAAUUCUAAAGAAGUUUGUACCUGGAAAGGAAAGAAUCCGACCUUAUUAUUUGGAAGUUGUAGUCGAGUUGAGACCACGAUCAGUUACUGAGAUUUCUAUUGAAUUCGAUUACAUGUUUCUGAAAUGGCAAGAAUAUCCACCAGACGCCAAUCAUGGUUUCUACGUUGGCUCUGCUGUCAUAACAUCUCUCCUUCCUAUAGCCAGGAACUUUUCUGGGCCUCCACAAGAUGGAUCUCUUUUCUCAUCAAGUAUGAAUGCUUCUCGAACAAGCUACUUAAUCCAGCUACGCACUGAAGCACUGAUAAUUAAUCUUCCAACGCCUGAUUUCAGUAUGCCUUAUAAUGUGAUUUGUCUUGCAUGUACAGUUGUUGCUCUAGCGUUUGGGCCUAUUCAUAACAUCACAACUAAAAAAUUGCACAUGAUGAAAAUAGACAGUGACAAGGGUAUUGGUGGCUACUUCAAACGAAUGAAAAGUGCCGUUAGUAAAUUGAAAAGUAAAUUACAGAAAAACGAAACGGUGACAGCGGAAGAAUCGUGCUCAUCAGAGACUAAGAUCAAAGAUAACUGAAGUAACUAGGAUUAGAUUUUGUAAUUUUUCCCAAAACUAGACACUCAAUUGAUAAAAUAUAAUUGUUUCUAAGUGAUCUCAUUUGUACGGUAAUUGAAUACAUUUUGUUAAAAUA